GUGAGUUCAGUACGGUUCAGUACGCUAUCAGAAUCAGACUAUCGGCAGGCGCAAGUGAGCGAUCAUAGCUGACUGAGCUGACAUCAGCAGAGAGUUGCAACAAGUGACUCACGUCCACGCAAAAGCGAUCGCGUGUCGUAUUCCACUUGGAGCGUGUUCGCGAAGUCAUCACUGUCCAGCGAGAGACGAAUCCUGCGAAAUGGACCUGGUACCAUUCAUUGCUGGUACAGACUGGGAGGACCUGAUGUGCCAAUCCCUCCUGAACCAGCUCUUCGACUUGGACGGUCGCCAACUGCAACGGGUGCCGGUAGUGCCGGUGCCGACUGAGAGUGUCAGGCAGAAGCUGAUAGGACCGCAACGGCGUGACGAAGUGGACGAGCUCAGGGACAUGCUGAAGCUGGCGAUCAGGCGUUGCGAGAAUCCGUCGCCCCCCGUCAACAAGGACGACUUCCAGGUGGUGCUGGACGUGCAGCAGUUCAAGCCGGAGGAGAUCAGCGUGAAGAUCGUGGACGAUCACCUCGUCGUCGAGGCCAAGCACGAGGACCGGAAGGACAGGCACGGCUGGGUAUCCCGCCAAUUCGUCCGCAGGUACCCGCUACCGCAGGACAUCGACGUCGACAACAUGACGUCCAAGCUGUCCUCCGACGGUCUCCUGACGCUCGUUGCGCCGAAGAAGCGGCCGUUGAAGGACGAGUCGGUGAGGACGCUCCGAAUCGAGUGCACCGGCAAGCCCUUCGUCCAGAAGCAGGAAAAGCCGAAGACGCUCGAGCAGGGUCAGCAGGGUGAGAAGGAGAAGAAGCAGGAGUGAGAAAUGGACUCUUCGAAGUAUUAACUGUUCAUAUUGUUCGUUAAAUCAAUAUUAUGUUCCUGUGUGUAUAAUCCUACGGGUGUGCGAUAAAUCUAUCGACCGUUAGAGACGUAUGAACUUUGAUAUCGGUCUAUUUUAUUUACAAGUUAGUCCCUGUGAUAUGAUUAAAGUUACGAUUACUUUUGUACGAGGGCGUUUCCAAGUCCAUACAAUGCAUUUAUUUAAAGAUUAUUCAAUUAAUUAGUUAUUUUUAACAGACUGUCAAUUGAACCAAUAAUAUUUACUACUCCUAAAUUAACUACUAUCUCAUAAAUUAAGAAACAUGACUUCCAAUUUCAUAAAUUGCUCCAUUUUUUAUUUUUUAUUAAAAUUUAAUUUCAUUUCGAUAUCUGUGCUGUGGUAGCUAAACGGAAGAAUUACUACUGAAAUUGUAUCAUGAACUUUCACAAUAAGAUAGGAUAGAUGAGCUAGGAUGUAUUUAUUAUUAGGUGUAAUCGCGCGCGCGCGAAUAAAGGUCCUAUAGUUAGUGUUAGGUGAAAAGAAGUAUAAGUUUUUGUUUUUGUCUGGAACAUAGAAAAUUAAUGAUCGUAAAACUGAUGUAAGACUGCGAUUAUUUGUCAAAUACAUAUAAAUUUUUUUUUUAAUUA